AUGCCUGUCUUCUUCUUGCUAGCCGUUGCCUUGUAUCAUGCCAAGGCCAUAACCAGACUCAUUGGCCCUGAGGAGGAAGUUGGUGAGAGUGGGGCGGAAGAGGAUUUGGGCAAUGAUAAGGAGGGAGAUGGGGAUGUGUGGCAGGAGGUGCGAUCAUGUGCAUCCGUUUCAGCCACUAAAGGCUCUGGUCCCUUCGCUGGUGGGGAACGUGCGUGCGGUGUUGCAGGGUGUGGGAUAGUGGAGGGUGGUGGUGUGAAGCUGAGAAGCUGUGGUGGGUGUGGAAAGGUGGCGUAUUGCAGCAGAGAGUGCCAAAAGGCGCACUGGCCCUCCCACAAGCUCACUUGCCCCGGCAGGACCAAUGGCAAGAAGAUUGGAAAGGAUGAGAGCAAGGAUGGCAGCGGCAACAGUGGCACGACGAUUAGCAAGGUGAGUGGGCAAGGUGGGUAG